AAACGCUCGCACACAAACUUUCUCUUGAAAAAACAUGAUGACAGGAGAAAGCGACUACAGCAAGUAUGACCUGACGCGCCUGCGUGCAGAACUUGAGCAAGAGAGGGAGAUGAGAGAGAUGCUCGAGGAGUCUGUGUCGGACCUGCGCAGUACAAUGUGUGAACUGCAAGAGAGACUGCACAGUGUUGAUGGAGAAGGGAAUGAGUGGAAGACCAGGUAUGAGACACAGAUAGAACUAAAUGGACAGCUGGAAAGACAGAUGUCACUGAUUCAUGAGAGACUGGAGGACCUGCGUGGAAACCCCAUAGAUCGAUUGGCCUCCAUCAGACUUUAUGACGACAUGCCAAUAGAGACACUGAGACAGCGUCUGAAGAUCCUGACUGAGGAGAAGUCUGACCUCCAGACUCAGCUGAUGGACUGCCAUCUUCAAAUUGAACAGGAGGGAAAGGCAUUUCAUAAAACCAACGAUGAGAGGCGGGCGUACCUUUCAGAAAUUGCGAAGUUGUCCUCCACACUUGAAGGACAGAGACGACAGUACUCCAACCAGCCACAGAGGGCGCCAGAGAGCACACAGAGGAGAGGGAGGCAUGCCAGCAGGAAAGCAGAGGCCGAUUCUAAGAAAGGAAAGGAGAGAGAAGAAGAUGGAGGAGGCAUGCCUGUGAAAGGAGGCGGUGGUAGUGGAGCAGCAGUGGAUGAGAGAAGGGAGAAGAAGUUUCAAAAAGGGAGCAGGUUACCAACAGUGAAGUACCUGAAACACAACCCCUAGCUAGAAGCAGAAAAAAUGGGGAUUUUAAAAGAGGACGCAUUCAGCCCCACUUGUGCCGUGCCUCCUCGGGACUCAUUUGAGCACCUUUUCAGCCUUGAGCUUGUGACGCACUCUGGAUGUUUGUGUGCCUCUCUCCCCAAAAUAGAAAACAUCAGUUUGGUGGGGAGUGAUUUUAUUUCUCACUGUCACUGUCACACCUUCUGUGAUCUCCUAUGAUACAUUCAUGUUCGGUCCAAGAAGCCAAGAAAAAUCCCACCCUGUGAAUGACCUUUGAGGUGUCUAAUGCAUUGAGGGAAUAGGGAAUAGUUUGUGUUGUGAUGUUUGAUGUUUCAAAAGAGGCAUUGGACUCAUGGAAUGAACAGGGACUAAACAUUUAACAUAAUAAAGCUCAAUGAAGUAUCA